UUUCACCAUGCUUCAACCUCAGGACCCAACCUUCCAACAUCUGCCCUUGAAGCCCCAAUGGCCCAAUGACCUCAUGGCCACCGUGACGUCCCCCGUGGAGUCCCCGGAGAAGUCGCCCGUUCCCGUUCCGCCACCCGGGGAGGGCUGGCCGCUGUCCACCACACAGGCCCUGGUGCCGCAACCUCGAAGCCUCCAGGAGGCCGCAAAGGCGCUGCCGUUUACGUGGCUCUGGGAGGAGAAGAAUGAGAAGGGCGAGCUGCGUUGGCUGCCCUUUCGUCGAUCAGAUCAACCCAGACUGGAUGCAGCUGAAGGCAAAGUCACAUCGGCUGAAAGCGAAGACAUUGUGCGAGUCGAAGGUGGCAGAUGGAAGGUGAAUCUGCAGCAACGCUCUCUGCAGGACUGCUAUGGCAGUGACCCUCCCAAGGAAUCCUGCCGGGUACUGCGGGGGCGUUGGUUCCUGAUUUCCAACGGGACUUUGACACCCUAUGAUGAGCAAACGGAUGAGGCCAUUGAGUCGGCGUACCAGAAGCUGUUGCAAAGAGCCGAAAUGGAGAGCAGCGAAGCGAAACCGGCCGAAAGCUACGAGAUGAGCGAAGAGGUGAAGAGAGCGGUUGCAGAGGGGCGACCUCGAACGAUUCUCAUGAAGCUGAAGUUCAAGGCGAACAAGUGGAAAUUCACCUGUGCAGAUCAAGCGCAGACGGGCAACAGUUUGUUCUCCUAUGGCAAAUCCUUGCUGGAGAGCAGCUAUGGAGUGCAACGCGGCUUUGGCGAGAUCGAGCGUCAGCUGGGAGAAGUGGAGGAGGAGAUGAUGUCGAAGGAGAUUGGGCAUGUCAUUGUGCUGGUCCAUGGCAUUGGAGAGAAGAUGUGGAGUGAGGAAGGCUGUGGCCUGGCCUGGUCCUCGGGCGUCUUCCGUCAGCUGGUCCACGCCAAGCAGCUGCGGGGCCAUGGCUUCGUGAAAGCUGGCGACGGCUGGGAGUUUCCGGGGGAGACGCCGCCAGAGGUGAAGAAGGACGAAGUCUUGGAGGCUUCCUGGUGGGAGACGGUCCACACGGACGAGAUGGACGCUCGUUUGGCGCGCAUCUCGUUGCCAUCGAUGAAGCAGGUGCGACAGAUCGCCAACUUCACGGUGGUAGAUGCGCUUUACUACAUGCAUCCCGGACACAAAGAAAAGAUCUUGAAGGCCGUGGCCAAGUCAGUGGAAAGCGCGCUGGCGCGAUUCUAUGAGCACCAUCCCGACUACAAGGGCUCGGUGGUGCUGGCGGGGCACUCCUUGGGUGGCGUCAUUUUGUUCGAACUCUUGCGCACGGGGAGUCCCAAGCUGAGCUUCGUGCCUCAGGUCCUUUUCACUAUGGGAUCACCCGUGGGGUUGUUUCUGCACACGGCCGACAGCAUCCCGAACCGUUCCUUCAGUUUGCCGGGAGGGACCCGUUACUUCAACAUCUUCCAUCCUUUGGAUCCCGUGGCCUAUCGCGUUGAACCCUUGAUCGCCGAGGAGUUAGAGAAAUUGGAUCCCGAAUGGAUCCCUUGCGACUCGGAUCAGCUGAAUUGGGGAGGCUACAAAACGAACCACGCCUUGCAUCAGAUGGGCAAGACCAUGUACACCUGGGCACGCGGGGAGGAGAAAGCUAAGAACGAUCUCCUGCGGCUCAUUGGAGGGGUCGCCUUAAAUGCGGGCGACCGCGUGGACUGGUCCUUGCAAGAGGAUAUGAGUAUGUGGACGACCGUAGGGGUGGCAGGUGAGUUGAUGCAAGCGUUGCCCAGCCACUCAUGCUACAUGAAGUCACCAGAUGUUGCAGCCUUUAUUCAAAACCACAGCACCAAGAUUGCGGUGGCCAACAGCCUCGUGGCCAAACAUGGGCCAGAGAUGUUCCCCGAUGCCUCCGAGACGGUGAGCGGCAAAGGCAAAGGCUCCAGCGGCACGCCUGGGACGCCGAGUCCCAAGAGCGCCGGCUGAAGUCACCAGCUUCGUCCCACGAAAGUGGAAGUUGAAACAGCAGAAAAUGGGGAUGGCAUUAUUUUUGAUGGGAUUUUUCAAUGGGAUGUGGAUAUAAGUUACCAACAAUACGAUCUUUUGGGUACCUGAAGAAUUGGGGAUACCCAAUUGAUUCCCAGUUGAAUUGGGAACGUAGUGACCAUGUGAUUGUGGCGUAGCCUAUGUUCAUACAAAACCACGUCACUGCUUGGUGGUUCAUCCCACUUCCUAA